AUGUGCCUUUAUUUUACCGAAAUCUACCUGCACUGUAAUGGAGCGGAAAAAUCUUUUAACUCGUUGACACCCGGUGCCGCCGCUACGUUAGCUCUCACGAGACUAAUCACACCUCGUAUCCACCGAGAGGAGUUACUCGAGAUAGUCACCUCCAUGAUGAAAGAUUGGGCCGUGCAGAAGGAUAAGAAAGUUCGUUGGAUCAUGGAGAAAUACGCGACGAUGUCGACGCGCGUGACGGUGCUCACCUUCAUUCUCGUGGGCAUUAUAGUGGGUAGCUACAUCGCGAUGGCGAUAUCAGCGGUCACCGCGAAAAAGGGACGACUCGAUUAUGAGAUCAACAACGUGAGCAUGAGCCGCGAGGACGAAGGUCAGCUGUGCGUAUUUCGGAGCGCGUCGUCGCGUCAGGCUUUUAUGGUCCUUCAGGCGAUGCAGAUGUUCACUACUGGUAUACUAACCUUCGGCACUACCAGUUUCUUCUUCGGACUGGCCAUGUAUCUGUGCUCCCAAUUUGACGCGUUGAGCAUGAAGCUAUCCGAAUUCCGAGUUAGCGAGGCGCGUCACGCGAUAGCCGAAGUGGUCCAAAGGCACUGCCAUCUUAUCCGGCUGGCCGAGUGUAUGGAGGAGUCAUUCAAUGCGAGCGUUUUGGUAUACCUGUUCGUUACCAGCACUCUCAUGUGUAUAGAUGGAUACAUGUUAAUCGCGUCGUUACCUCUUGGCAAUCUAUCUAUGAUUAUACAUAGCGGUAGCGUCUUACUUCUUAUGCUGAUCCAAUUGUCGUUCUACACAUUCGCCGGUGAUUACUUGGAGAUGAGAAGCACCGCGUUGUCUUAUGCCACUUACGACUGCGACUGGUACGAUCUGCCGGCUGGUGUAGCCAAGGAUUUUCAGAUUAUCCUAAUGCGAGCCAGUAUUCCUCAUCAACUGACGGCCGGAAAAUUCGUGGUCAUGAACAUGAUCACGUUUAAAGAUAUCUUGAAGUCCACGGCGUCGUAUCUUUCGGUCCUGCGUGUCAUGUUAGACGGUUAA